UUGACAAAAAAACAUGUUGCCGACACCGAAGAUUCUAUUGAAGAAAAUGAAACAAGAGAAGAUACACAACAAGAUUCAAAUUUAGAGUCUCCAAUCAAUCCACGUUCUACUGAAACAGUAUCCACCAAUCCAGAAACCCAACCACAGUGUUCCAGCCAAGUUAGACAAGAUUCUUCAAACACAACUAAACAAUCUAGCUCUACUCCUAACACAAACCCAUCAAGGAAGCGUAAAAACGCAAAAACUAAUGAAGACAGCUACUUCGAUAAAAACAUCUUGGAGUUUUUAACAAAAAACAGCGAAAUUAUUCAAAAUGACGAUAUGGCAUUUUUUUAUUCUCUUUUACCUUUAACACGGACAUUCGACAAUCGUCAAAAAGUUAUGUUCCGUAAUGCAGUAAUGAAUAAAGCCCUGGAAAUUUGUAACUGCCCUUCGUCUAUCACUCCUCUUGCUUCACCAAUGUAUGCAUCUACCUCUCGCCCUGAAUCUUCUACUUCCAGCAUGAAUAUAGCAUCACCAGAAUCUCUACCAUCAGGAUCUCAAGACAUAGUUUUGUAUUCAGUUGAAGAACCUUCGUCUCAAAAUGUAGUGAGAACUAAUCCAAAUAUCGCACAUACAUCACAAAAUUCGGUAAUCACAUCUUUGUCUGCUUCCAGCUUCAAUAUACCAUCACCAGGAUCUCGAGACAUAGUUUUGUAUUCAGUUGAAGAACCUUCGUUUCAAAACGUAGUGACAACUAAUCGUAAUUUCGCUUAUACGAGCACAUCACAAAAUUUGGAAAACCCAUCAUCUGAUUUGUCUCAGUAUAUUAAUUUUAAGCAAUGA